AUGACAUCUAGCAAAGAAUGCACAGAUAUAAAGGAUGAAUCUAAGAAGGAAAACCUAACCAGCUCACCUUUUGGUGGUACAUCAUUUGCAAUGCCAAGCACAGGGAGUGGUAUUUUUGGACUAAAUUCUUCAGUCACUUCAUCAACUGCCAAUAAUCAGUCACAGGGUUCUCUUUCUGGCACUGGCAAUGGAGCCAUGGUUAGUGCACAAUCAGCUGCUACCAGAUCAGGGGUGGCAACUGUGUCACAGAGCAUGUCUGUUCAAUUUGGUUCAUCUUCCUCAUUGCCAAUCACUGGGACUUCUGGGAUUUCAUCUUUUAAUUCUAGCAGUUCUCUCUUAGGUUCUGCAGUUCCUGCAGCUAAACUGUUUGGUUCGGGUUCUAGUUUCAGUUUGAGUUCUUCAGCUUCUUCUUCAGAGAUGAAUCAGGUUAACUCCACUAAUGGGCCUACUUCUAGCAUAUUUAGCUUUGGUGUCAGUUCUUCAGCUUCCAUUUCUGGGACCAACUCUGUUAGCUCCGACAGUGGUGCUCCUUGCAUAUUUGGUUCCGGUUGGCAGCCCACCCAGUCACCCAUCUUUACUUCCACAUUUAAUACUCUGUCUCCUUCUACUGGCUUCUCCUUUGGAGCAUCCUCGGCUUCUGUUGCUGCUAGCAACAAUGCACCGUUGGUGUUUGGAUCCUCUACUGGUGCCACGUCGCCGGCAAUUUUCUCAUUUACUAACGCUUCUGCUAUGACCUUGUCUUCACCAUCUCUUUCUCAAACGCAGCCCGUAUUUGGUAACUCUAACUCUGUCUUCACAGCAUUCUCAGCCAAUGGUGAUCAAACGAACAUGGAAGAUAGCAUGGCCGAGGACCCUGUGCAGGCAUCCACACCUGUAGUUUCCAUAUUUGGUCAACCGCCCAUCUUGUCUCCUCCAGCUGGCUUUGGCGUGUUUGGUUCAACAGCCCCAUCACCAGCAAUUCCCUUUCAAUUUGGUGGCCAACAGAAUCAAGCCGCUCCGCAGAACUCUUCUCCUUUUCAGGCAACGAGUAGUCUAGAAUUCAGUGCGGGAGAGAGCUUCUCAUUGGGCUCCGGUGGCGGUGAUAAAUCUUCGCGUAGGCCGUUGGUAGAUGAGAAGAUUACGUAUUUGCCGAGAGAUUAG